UUUACCCUAUAGUUAAAAACAAACAACGGGAAACCUCAAGGUCGUCAGUCGUCAUCUCUUUAGCGAAAGUAACAAAAAAAAAAAAAAAAGAAUAAAGAAUGGCACAUGGUGGCUACGGUAAGCGGCGCGUGGCGGAGGGCAAGCGCGUAGGACGGCGAUCAAAAGGACCUCGCCUAGACAAGAAACUAAAGCCUAAAGCCGUUUCUCUUAAGAACCAGAUACGCUCCAUUGAACGCAUGCUACGAAAGGAUCUUCCUCCUGAAGUGAGAGAAGCUCAAGAGACGAAAUUAGAAGGGCUUAAGAAACAACAAGAAAUACAUACUCGACUUGCUGUGGAACGAAAGCUAUUCUUGCGUGAUCGAAAGAUUAAGUUUUUUGAAAGAAGAAAGAUUGAAAGGCGAAUAAGGCGGUUGGAGAAGCAGCAACGGACUUCGCCAGGUCAGGCACAAGACAUGGAGAUUGCUGAACAGCUUUCUAAAUUAAAAGAGGAUCUUGAAUAUGUUAGGUUUUUCCCCAAGACUGAGAAAUAUGUAUCCUUAUUUACGGGAGGUGAUGGUUCGGACCUAAUUGAUAGGAGAAAUAGAUUGCGGAAGCAGAUAAAAGCCAACUUAGUUGCUGCUGCUGCAAGCGGGAAAGAUUUGGAAGAGACAGGGAGUGAGGAUGAUGGGCUGUUGGAUUUGAGCGAUGAUGAUUUCUUUUUGACUGGAAGCUCGAGUGAGGAAGCUGAUGCAGAUGAUGAAUGGACAGAAAGUACAAGGGAACGUGCUUCUGGUAUAGCGGCGUCCGGCAUGUCUAGCGAUGAAAGGAAUCAGAAACAGGUAUCUGCGAGAGCUUUAAUGCCGCCUCCGAGGCCAUCAAGUAAUUCUUUUUCAAACUCAGUACAUGCAAAAUCAAGGUUUGGAUCUUCAUCUAGCCGAAAUUCAUCAAUACGAAGAACGGAAAUGUCCACAUCUAGCAACACUUCAAAAAGCAGUAGUUCUUCCUUUAAGGCAGGGGAAUCCUCCAAUUCAAAGACUGGAAACAAUAGUAACUUAAGUUCCAAUUCUGAUGCUCGCAAACCACGCAGAAAGAGGAGACCAAAAAAGAGAAAACAACAAGCUUGUUUAUUGAAACUACAAUUUAAUUGUUUGUGACUUGCGUCGGUUUUUCUCUUUCCUUUCCAUGAUUCUUCAACUACUGAUAUCCAAAAGCCACAGUUUCAUAGUAAUGCAGAUGGUCUUUAUGGUUAAAGCUGGUUCAAUUGCAGUUUUCCUUACCAUUGUUACUUUUACUACUCCAUGUCUGGUUGAACUAUGUUGAGGUGUAUUUGGACAAGGAUUUGGGAUAAUUUCUUCUAAGGACCUUUCGAAUACAUGAAAAUCUUGGAAAAAAUUGAACA